AUGGCGCGCGCACACCCCCGUGUCAAGGUUGAGGACCCGGCCGCCUAUCGCGUAGCCCACAAGCAGCUUUUCAGCUACAGUGCGCCCGGCACUGCUGCUCAACAUCACCAACACCCAAACGACCUCAACUCUUCUGAACCCAAUGGUCAUAUUCCGCGAGAAUUCCAAUUUUCAGACCAUGGAGAAGACGCUUCUGGUGCCAUUGGGGCCCAGAACAUCGAGCGCACCUUUGCAAUGGUGGAAGAACAAAUGUUCAUGCUCACAGCAUGCUGGACUCUUCACUGCAUGCCUUGUCGAAUCCUCUUCAAAGACGCCAAGGAGCAAGCAGCGCAUAACUCCAAAUGGCAUUGGGAUAACUUCCUAUGUUUCGCGUGCGACAUAGGAUUUGAGACUGCCAAAGAUCUCAAAGAGGUUGCGACGUCGAUUGAGACUCUGUCCCUUCUCUUCCGCCACAUGGAAUCGAGACUCUGCGUCUUGAGGAACUGGCAACAAGCAACAGGCCUGAUGCAUCUUCUCUUCACUUUGAAGCAAGAAAUCGACGUGGCCAACAGGACUUGCGACAUGUGCAAAAGACUGUUUGACUCUGAAGCUAGUCUUUUCGAUCACUUGCGACAUCAGCAUGAGAAUACCGUUUGCCGAUCAUGUGAUAGGGUCUUUCGCGACUCGGAGGAAUGGCAUAAACAUAUCAUCUCACGCACGCCGAUCAAAGUUCGGGCUUCCGUCUGCGCCAUUUGUGAGCCCUCGAUUGCUUUUGACAUGGAAAAGAAUUACAAUGAUCAUAUGUGGCACUUUCACAACAAGUGCAAGCCCUGUGGACUGAACUUUGACAAUAAGCAGGACCGGUUGGUUCACGGGGCUGUGGUUCAUCAUAGAUGCCCUGACUGUUUCCAGUUCUUCAUGAGUCCGAACGACCUUUGCAAGCACUACAAGGAGUUUCACGGGAUCAACCCUCUUACUAUGGCCAAACCAACCUUGCCAACGGUACCCGUGAAGAAAGAGUUUCCAACGGUCACUCCUCCAACAGCUCCUCCUAUUCCGACCGCCGUUACCCAAGUUAAAUCGGAGGAGGUCAAACCUUGUGUGAAAAACCAGGGCCGUCGGAUAAAGUGUGCGACAGCUCAAGCGUCGGUUGUAUUUGAGACAUAUCCGCCGAGAAGCGCUGUAGCAAAGGCCAUUCCCAAGAAGAAGAAGAUCGCGCUCACAAAAGGAUCGCUGAUCUCCGCGCAAACUCCAUCUUCUCCCUGUGACACUCAAACAACGCCUGCCGAAACCACUGAGGCUACAACUGCAUCACCUCCUGCCAUAAUGGGGCGUGCGCGCAAGCGCCCCAAGCUCGAAGAGGGAGAGGUUUCAUCUUCUGAUGAUGAUUACAUUAUCGUCGACGCGCGCGUCAAGAAAGGGCGCGAGUCUCCCAAAGUUAUCCUUGAUCAUCGCCGUCAUCUCUCAACUUCAAAACCAAACACGGCCUCUCAUCCCUUCUGCAGCGAAUGUUGCAGAUAUUUCCAAAGCGAUGCGGAAAAAGAGCGACACUACUCCAAAUGGCAUUGCGGCAACCUAUGCCACGCAUGCGAUGAAGGGUUCCCGACAAAGUCAGAGCUACACCAACAUAAAGCUAGCCAUGCUAACACCCCGAUCUGCUGCGUCGGCUGCGAGAAACGAUUCAAAUGUUAUUCAGCAAUGAUGGAUCACCUUGAGCACGGCUCAUGCGAAUCAGCUUGCAAUCGUCUACUCGUCCAAAGCGCCGUAGGGAUCUACUGCAAGGGCUUUCAACAAUCGUCAUGUCGGAAUAUCGACCUGCAAUGCCCAACUUGUGACAAGAAAUUCGCUCGCAUGGGUACGCUCCUGAAACAUUUCGAAAACAGAUCAUGCACUUUACGAAACUGGAUCGAAGAAUCAGGCUGGAUAGACUUCCUCGCCGCUCUCAAACGAUCCAUAGCGGAGAAAAAGCCGUCUACUUUCCAGUGCAAUAUCUGCCGAAAGAAAUUCGACCAAGAAGUUGCGCUUGGCAUGCAUCAGAGAGAGAAACAUGACAACACAUACUGCUGUGCUUGUGAGACAUACUUUGCCAACCCAGCCAAGAAGCAGAAACACAUCAUCUCUAUCUCUGGCACUUCUGGGAAGCCUGGGACGUUUUUCUGCGACCUGUGUGAUCCAAAAGUACGUUUGGGAACGGAAAAGGAGCUGUGUGACCACUUGUGGCUUGACCACAUGGUGUGUGGUCCUUGUGGGCAGGUGUUUGAGACCGCUGAGCUUAAGAAAAAGCACGAUGCGAAGGCUCACAAUAGGUGUACUGUUUGUUACCGGUUCUUCGUGUCGAUUGCGGAACUCAAACAGCACCGUGAGACCCAUAAAGUCGAGCCCCGUGUCAUCGAGCCCCCUGUUGUCGAACCCUCUAUUAUCGAACCAUCUAUUGUACAUCCACUACCAGUAAAACCAGAGCCGAUUCCCAGCCUUCAGCGCGCAUCUAAACAACUAUACCGGUGA